AUGGCGCACCAGACGGACGCCCAGUCCCCAGCGUCGAAAAAGCUCGGAUCGAAGCUCAAGAAAUCGAAGGAUUUUACAGGAGAGGAAAGAAGCGCAGACGCAGAGGAGUCUACUCCCAAUAGAAAAGACGCCAAGUCAGACAAGAAGGACAAGAAAAAGCGCAAGUCCAUUUCCGAGGAUGCGGCACCCGCGACAGACGGCGAAAUGAAGAAAAAGAAGAAGCGCCGCCAUACCGAAGAUGACAACGACCAGAAUGGCAAGGAUGAUGAAUCGCACAAGAAAAAGAAGAAGCGGGUCUCGUUUGGACCUGGAACGAAGGAAUUCGACGGCGAUUCCGGAAGUGAGUCGGACGACGCCAACAGCAACGACGCUGCCGCAACCGACGGAGCCGACGCAGACACCGAAGAGGCCACAGACAAGGCUGUCGAAGAGAUGAAGAAGCGCAAGCGGGAGAAGAAGAAGCAAAGGAAGAACGGCACCGCCUCGGUUGAGGCCCCAAUCCACGAGACACCUAUUCUCUCAUACCUGAGCCACUACCACCGAGCACGCGCGACAUGGAAGUUCCAAAAGAACAAGGAAACCAACCUGUUCAAGCACCUGUAUUCACUUGAGCAUGUCCCCUCUAAGUACAACACAUCGCUGCUGGCGUACAUGCAGGGCCUGAAAGGUGAUGCCGCCAAGCAGCGAAUGAGCAAUGCUGCGAGGGACGUGAUUAAGGCCGAUAUGGAUCUUGACAAGCCGAAGGGCGAUGAAGAAGCGGAGAAUCAGGAGCCAUCCACAAGCCCCGAGUACCUGGAAGCUAUCAAUGCGUUCCGCGAGUGCUUGCCGAAGGGAGAUGAGGAUCUGGAUAACGUCAACUUCGGGGAAAAGCUGGAGGGAGACGUUUUGAAGCGUUUGCCGAAGAGGCAGCGAGCAGAGCUGGUCUUUUUCGCUGUUGCCGGCAAGCUUUUCAGCGCCGAGGAUUUGAAGAAGCCGAAACCGAAACCCAAGGCUCCUGAGCCGCCUGUAAACAAGAAGCGGAAGAACAGAACUAUGGUUGUUGAUAUCAGCAGCAGCAGCAGCGAGGAUAGCGAUGAUGAUGCCCCAGCUCCGAAGAAGGCUACCAGCAAGCCUGCGCCGGAUAGCGAUGACGAGACCUCGUCGAGCGGCGGCAGCAGCAGCAGCAGCAGCAGCAGCAGCAGCAGCAACAGUGACAGUGACAGUGACAGUGAUGACAAGUCAUCUGUUGCCCUGGCCGCGGCCAAACAAACUGCGGCGACCACUCCAUCGUCCGCCGCCGGUGGUGUUGCAAUGCCAAAGAAAGAGAACAAAGCUGCCAAGAGAAAGGAGAAGUUUGUACCAGUUCGUGAAGAAAAGCUUAAGCCAUCUGUGCCGAAAAAGACGCAGAAGCGAAAGCUCAGGACUGCUCAGAUCGAAAUCUCGAGCAGCGAAAGCGACAGCGACUAG